ACUCUUCAGCUCAUCGUCGUGGUGGAAGAAUGGCUCCUAAAAAAGCUGAACCGAAGAAAGAGGCAGCAAAGCCAGCACCCCCUCCUGAACCAGAGAAACCCAAGGAGCCUCAGUUUGACCUUAAAAGCAUUAAAGUUGAGUUUACAGCAGACCAGAUUGAAGAAUUUAAAGAGACCUUCAUGCUGUUCGACAGAACGCCAGCAAGUGAAAUGAAGAUCACUUAUGCCCAGUGUGGGGAUGUCAUGAGAGCACUGGGGCUGAAUCCUACAAACGCAGAGGUCCUUAAAGUACUGGGAAAACCCAGACCUGAGGAAAUGAACACCAAAAUGAUUGACUUCGAGACUUUCCUGCCUAUGUUCCAACAUGUGUCCAGGUCCAAAGAUCAGGGCACUUUUGAGGACUUUGUUGAGGGCUUGCGAGUGUUUGAUAAGGAAGGAAAUGGCACUGUAAUGGGCGCUGAACUUCGCCAUGUACUUGCAACAUUGGGUGAAAAGAUGACAGAAUCAGAAGUUGAACAGCUGAUGGCAGGACAGGAAGAUGGAAAUGGAUGUGUCAACUAUGAAGCAUUUGUUAAACACAUCAUGGCUGGGUAAACACAUAAGGUAGUAAUAUGGCCCUUUUUUCUCCAUUUAUCAAGUGCUUCAGCCCAGCUCCCCGCUCUCCAGUGCCCUUGAACUACUUUUCCUGAUGAGCUUUUUUCUGGUUUCAUUUUUUUAACAUGGUGUUGAACAGAUUUUAUAAAAUGCUAAAAGAAACAAUCUGAUACCUUUUAGCAAACCUUUUCCAAAGAAUGUACAAGUGAAUAAAUUUACUUACAUGAUACAUACAGUACAUUUCAGUUCAUGUUUACUUAAUUUAGUUAAAUUUACCUGGGUCAACCUUCACAAAAGUCUUGAAUGGAAUAGAACUGGUAAUAAAGGGUUAGUUCACCCAAAACUGCUAAUUCUGUCAUCUAUUAAACACCAUUUACUUGUCACAAACAUGUUUGAAUUUCUUCACUCUCAAAAAAUGAAGGUACAAAAGCUGUCACUAGGGUGGUACUUUUUCAAAAUGUACAAUUUAGUCAUUUUAAGUACUUAUAUAUACAUUUAAGGACAUUACAAAUACCUCUAAAAUAUUAAUAUAGACUUUUUAGGUACACUGACAUCGUUUCUACCUUUAUUUCUAAGAGUGUUUGUUCUGUUAAACACAAAAGAAAA